AUGGAUUCCGAUGACGAUAUCCCUACGCUCCCCGAAGACACGCUUCAAUUAAUCGCGCAAUUCCGGCAAGAACAAAAGAGACAGGAAGAAGCUGAGCAGACUGGUGCUGGCGAGAUUUCUGAGAAUUGGCAGUUAUCACAAUUCUGGUAUACACCCGAAACUGCUCGAGCACUGUGCCAAGAAGCCACGAAGGCACUCCUCGAAGCGCGCGGCGGGGGAAAUGUGGCCGUGAUCUCGGCCCCGACUUUGUUACAAUACUUUGGGGACGUUGAGGCUGUCAAGGAGAAGAAAAUAAAUUUGCGGCUAUUCGAGUACGACGACCGCUUCCGGAUAAAAUAUCCGGACGAAUAUAUCAACUUUGAUUAUCGCUCGCCUCUACUUCUACCUGAGGACCUACGUAAUACUUUUGAUUUAGUAAUCGCCGAUCCGCCGUUUUUAUCUGACGAAUGCCUGGUGAAGACUUGUCAGUCAGUUCGCUUGCUCGGAAAACAGGAUGUCAAGAUUAUCUUUUAUCGAACGGCUUCUGAACUGCCGACCGAUCGCCUUCCAUCCUCAACACGCCAA